AUGGAGGAAGAGGGCUACAGGUCGCAAAUGACAACGGGCAGCUUGAUUCCGCUGCUGCAGAAGGCCCUUUUGCAACACCAAGUAAGAAUUGAACCACUUCCAGUUGCGGCUCCUGUUUUGCAGCUGGACGAUCCUGCGCUGAGUUACCUUUCCAAGAUGCUUUUAGGCGGGGAUAGUGAUAGUGACGAGCAGGAGGUUGCAACCCCGCAGCAGAACAGAUACCAGGCUUACAUGGACGACCUGAAUUCCAUCAUAAGAGGUUGCGUCCAGUCUCCGGACAGUGAUCAAGAACAGGUCGACCAGGAAGUAUUUAGCUUGCUCAGAGAGUGCGCAAGAGCAGUAGCAGCCAGGAACUCGGCACAGGUUUACAAUCUCAUCGGAUUGAUCAAGAACUCAGUGACAUCCGAAAACAGCCACUUAGAAAGGACCGCAUUGUUCUUCGUCAACGCACUGGUAGCAAGGCUUAAAGGGUGUGGUUCACAGCUCUACUCGGCUCUGUCCAGAGAGGUUUCUCAGAAGCGCUACGUGGGGCUUUUGUGCAUGAACCUCCCGUGGUUCAGCGCCACCGAGGUGAUCUCGAAUCACAUAAUUCUCGAGGCGUGCAAGGGAGCCAAGCGGAUUCAUAUUGUGGACUACGGGAUACUGUAUGGCAGUCAGUGGCCGUGGCUUAUCCGAGCUUUAUCUCAGCAACCCGAGGGAGCUCCACUGCUGAGGAUGACAGGAAUCGACUCGUCUGGGAUGAUAGAUG